AUGAGUACUUUUCCGGGUUACAUACCCGAGCUGCCCGGUAUUGGGAUCGAUCGGUUCGAUCAGCCGGUACUGGACCGGGCCAGAGUGUUUUUCCUUUCACACUGCCAUAUGGAUCAUAUGACCGGGUUGGCAGCGAACCAUCCACUGCCCGGAACGCUGUACCUGAGCCCUCAUUCGGCGGUCAUCGUCGGUCUUCGCUAUCCGAAGCAAACCGUGUACCGGAUGCCGAUUCGUGAGCGACUAACCCUUUCCAUUACCGCACCGACCGGUGAGAGUACGUACGAGCUAUGCGUACGCACCGUACCAGCGGAACAUUGUCCAGGUUCGGUAAUGUUUUACUUCGAGACGAAAACCGUACGGCUGCUGUACACGGGAGAUUUCCGGCAUUCAUCCGACAGUAUGGCCGUUAUCAAGCAGGAUCACAUACGGCCCGAAAUCGUUUACCUCGAUACAACCUUUCUCGAUCGGGACUAUAUGUACUUUCCGACGCGCCAGCAGAGUAUGAGCCGCAUCAUAGCGCUCUGUACACAGUGGCUCGAAGCCGACCAGCGCAACAUCGUGUCACUGUGGCCACCGGCAACGUACGGUUCGGAGGAAUUGUUUCACCAGCUGUACACACAUUUGCACCACCGUAUACACAUCUACGCGUCCCAGCGCGCUACGUACAACCAUUUCGAAACGCUAAAGGACGUGUUCACCGACGAUCCGGUGGGUGCACGCGUACACGCUUGCAAUGGUAAAACGAUGCAGGGUGAAAUGCCCUGCCGUAAGGAGAACGAGAACGCUAAAUACUUACUAACGAUAAGACCGUCCGCAAGGAAGUGGCGCAAUCUACAGCGUGACGAACCGUUCUGGUUGGAAGGUAGAAAGAAUCUGUGGUUUGUUUGCUACUCGUCGCAUGCUAGUAGUACGGAAUUGGUGGAGUUUUUACGCGGCCUUCAGCCAGAAGCAAGAGACAUUCGCUUCAAUGUUGUGGAGGAUGAAACGGAACGUAUUCAAAUGGAGCAUUAUCUUCAAUCGUUGCUAUCACCCGGUGAUGGAUGUCGGAUGGGUGAGGAUGCGCAUGAUGAAUCAGAAGCAAUGUACACCUUGCCGUCCAUUGACUUUGACGCCAAUACAAGCAAUGAACAGCCAGACGAUUGGGGGCAAAGCGAUCGUGAGGAAGAAAGCGAUGAAUCGAUGUCACCGCCAUCGAAAAUCGCCAAACGCUGUUGA